UCAGAUGUAGAAUACGUCGGCUGAGGGAACAGAGACGUACAGGGUUGUAAUGAGAGGGACCUGAGACCCAGGUGUGUGUUGAAGGAAUAAAUCCACUCGUGUGUGAAAAUGCCAGCUUCCUGAUACCUUUUUAUUGCAGAACGAGCGCGUGUAUUGUUGGAUGAGAAGCAGUUGAGUAAGGUCACAAAUUGGAGUCAGAUUACUAACUUAAGUUUAUGAUGAUUUAGAAAUAUAAAUUUCCAACAAUUUAUGGUGACCCCGACGUGAUGCAAGAGAGGUAAAAGAAGUCCGGGACUUCGAGAAAAACCACAAGGGUCAAGGACUCUGGUCAGGGACCCACGUCCACACCAGGUGACGACCUGACAAAGGAGCCAUGUGUCCGAACGUCUUUCCUCUUGGGCCUACAGUGAAACAAGGUAAGUAGACUCCUUUUCAAAUUCUGCACAUUGGCAACGCUAAAUUAUAAGAGGAAGGAGGAGCGGAACGACGUAAAAGUGUAAUAGUGUGGACAUUAGUAGGGUAUAAAAUCUGGGAUUUACCUACUAGAAUAGUUUGGAACUAUUCGUGGUUAUGAUACGGUUUAAAAUCUGGGAUUUACGUAUCAGUGUGGAAGCGGUGUGAGUGUGAAAACUAACAUUGUUCUGCGUAAAAAGUGGUUGGGACACGCACGGGUGGAUUUCAAGAUGGCGAAUGAGAGGAAGUGUGAAGGGUCUCGGGUCCAGCACUUAAGACGAACGGACUGAAAUCUGGUCGGAGAUUAAUGGUCAUUACGCUAAGAUGGAAUCACGGUUGAUUAGUGGAAUAGAAAGUAAGAAAAUUAAGAAGGAAAAAGAACGGAGUCAGAAGUUGUUUCUGAAAUUAAAGAAGGAUGAAUUGUUUCGCGGAGAACCCGGAACAUGGGACAUGGCGAAGUUAGCGCGGCAGUUACAGAAAAAGGAAAGCAGAAUGUUGGCAGAUAUUCGAGAUAUGAAGGAGGAUCAGAGCCAAGUCGGAUGGCGACAGCGUAAUAAACUUGAGAAGGAAGUGAAGAAAUUGGAGAAAGAUAGACGAGGCAUUCACCAAUUGGCAACUAUCGCUACUGUGCUGGUGGCGAUAAAAGAGGAAAAGAGUGAGAAUGAGGUGAAGAAAGAGGAUGAAGUGAUUGAAAAAGUGGAAGAAAAGACGGAAUGUCUGAGAGGCAUUUAUCCACAGUUGUCAGACUCGCGACAGUAUGUGUUUGCGCCGCCACCGUAUCAGACGGCGCCAGUAAUGGCCCCCGUAGUCACCUUGGGGGGCAGAAUGGUUUUAGAUGUAGAAGAUGAAGGUUCACGGAUGGCGCCAGCGACCAUACAGUUGAUUGAACAGGCUGUGAAUAAUGAGAGAAAGGGAGUGCGCGGGAAAAAGCAGGGGAGUGUGGAGUCGCCUGUGCUGGCGCCAGGGGCGGAGCUAGCAGGAGACGGGGGCACCACUAGUGCAGGGACUCUGAAGCUGAUGAAGACGGAGGCAUCGCGGAAGUUGUUUGAAGGACAAAAGGUCCAGAGUGAAGAAAGAGAGAUGUUAGAGGAAGUGAUGACGGGGACACAGAAACAUGGGCAGGCAAUGCCCAGCGACGCUGAUCACCGCGAGGAGGAAAUGGAAAGUGAUGAGGAAGACGAGGUGGUGUUACGUGAACAGCGGCAGAUGCUCAGAGCGUUGAGUGAAGGAGAGAGGCUGGGCGAUAGUGAGGAGAGCAUGUCCAGGGCGGAGCGAGGCUAUAAUACGCAUAGUAAAGGGAAAAUGAUGGCACAGCAGGAGCAGCCUCAAACAAUGGCACCCCUAGUGGUGACUCAUGCUGGCCUUCACUAUGAGCCUUUGGUGCUUCGGGAUGUGGCUGCUUUGGUGGAAAAAUUGCCCCCCCUGCAUAAAGGGGCACGAGCCUGGAUUACUAAAUUCUUAGCUGCCAUGUCAGGACAGGGAGUAGCAUUGGGGGAUUUUAGACAAGCCAUUUUGGGACCAUGUUCCCUGAUUCAAUUACAGAAUAUUGAGGGGGCAGCUGGCACCCGCCAGCUGGGGAGAGAAACGCCACCGGCGGAGAUCUCGGAGGCAUUGUUUCGGGAGCUGAGGGCGGCCUUUCCCUCCCCAGUGGAUGUGGUGCCAACAAUUUUUAAUUAUGGAAAAGAUGUGACUUCCGAGCAACAUUAUGCUCAGGCAUUGGAGCUGUGGAUUGAGACCACAGGUAAACACCCAGGCAGCUACCCUGAAGCUGAGAUGAUGUUCAGGACGGCGAUGCUGAACGUCCUCCCAAAUGAGGUGCAAGCGAUUAUGAGAAUUGAUCCGGACAUUUUGGUCUGUCCGGAACCGAGAUUUAAGAGGCAUUUGAUACACCAUUGCCGCAUCUACAUGGAAAAAGCAAAUAAAAAUCAAAAGGAAACUGAUGCUCUGGCGACUGGUUUGGUUAAAGUACAGUUGGCAAAGUUGCAUGGUGAGGCAAAACAAGAAAAGGUUAAACAAAAACAGAUGUAUCAAACUCCAGUGGGGGCUGGAUGGGGCCAAGGGUUCCGUGGUGGAUACAGAGAAUCCACGGGGUCAGUAUUACCAAGCCAACCCGUGGUACGGCCCGGACGGAUAGGGGGGCCUGGGAAGCUCGGAAAGCACUGGCCAGGCAGAGCCAAUGCUCCAGUUGACAGUGGCGGACACUCCGGUCCAGAUGUUGGUGGACACUGGAGCAACACAUUCAUCAAUCAACAUGCCACUGCCAAGUACAGCGUUGUCGAGAUGAGGUACAACGUUGGUCUGCUUCUCGGGACGUCCUCAGACUCUGCCCUUUACCCGGCCAUUGAAAACGGAAAUCACAAACACUGGACAGAAACUAUAUCAUUCAUAUGUUCAUGCAAUGGACACACCCAUCAAUUUAAUGGGCAGAAACAUGUUGUCAGCAUUGAGAGCCCAGAUAUUGUGCGGCGAGAAGGGACUUACAGUGACAUUUCCUGGCGGACAGGUUCUGGAAUGCUCCCAGCCUGUAACACCUAGGGGUCAGUGGUUGAUGGCACCACUCCCCACAGUACCUGAAACGGCACAGAUCUACUGGGCUAGAUUGAAUCCUGAGACUCCACUUGGCGGAGGUGUCUACUCCACUUACCUCCUGUGGAAACCGUGGAUCCAGGCAUUGGCACCGUACCACCCCCCAGUGGACCCAUUGCAUUGCACUCUAUAUUACGAUAGGGAUUCGGAUGAAGUAUAUAGAGAUGCGUUUGAAGAAAUCGAGGGAGUUGAUUGGACACUACAGUCACCAUGCAUCUUUGUAGGCCCAGAGGGAGUGGCAGAGAAUGUGCAGUUGUCGCCAGAGUAAGAACAAUGGUUCAAAAUGGGUGAGGAAGGUCUGCCCCAUGUAACGCUGGCUGUGUCGCCAGGCCAUGAGCCCCGCCAAUUGGGGCCCAUGGUGAAACGAUUAACACAACAACAUGACUGGAUGAUGACUGAGAUUCCAGAUGUGUGGCAUUCGGCCGCAACCAAAAGUUACAGGUCAAUGGCAAAAAUGGUAGAUGAGUCAGACCUUGAAUUGGUCUUCCUGGACCGCCAUCAUGGGCGGGAACAGACGGACCAUGAGUCUGCACAGGCGAUGCUGGAUCAAAUGCCACAGACCUUGUGGUCACAGGGUCCAUUUGAUGUUGGUUUUUGUCAUACGGUUCAACCGAUCCAAUUGGAAGUUGAUUGCUCCAUUAAGGUCCGCCGUCCUCAAUAUCGAUGGCCGAAGGAAGCAGACAAAGGUAUGGAGGGGACAGUGGCAGGAUUGUGGGAUGCGGGGGUGUUGGAAACGUCGGCAUCCUUUUGGAACACACCUCUGAGGCCGGUCCAGAAGGCUGACGGGUUGACAUGGAGGAUGGCCCACGAUUUGCGGCCAGUGAAUGACAUAACUAUAACUCCAGUUUUGCCAGUUCCUGACCCCCAUCGCAUCCUGUCCUCCCUGGAUCCUCAGAAACAUUGGUAUAUGGUAAUUGAUUUGGCGAAUGCAUAUUUCUGUUUCCCACUGGCUGAGUCAAUACGACACGUGUUUGCAUUUUCUUACAAGGGGUGAAAUUGCAGUACAAACGACUCCCACAGGGCUUCAAGAAUUUGCUGGGAAUCUUUAAUCAGGUAUUGAAGGACUUGUUAUUUUCAUGUGAACCACCCCAAGGCUCAGUGCUCCUGCAGUUUGUGGACAAUCUCCUCAUUGCAGCUGAAACAUCCAACCAGUGUGUGGAAGCCACACGAGCAGUGCUGUUGAAGCUUGCUGACCUGGGCUUCAAACUGUCAAGGAAAAAGUUACAGUGGUGUCGCAAGUCUGUGGUUUUUCUGGGGCGUGUCAUCACACCAGCCGGUUUGGCUAUGUCCCCUAAUCACCGCAGCUCCAUCUUGCGACACCCACGUCCAGAAACAGUGCAGGACAUGCUGUCUUUCUUGGGAUUGUGUGGCUACAGCCGAGCCUACAUCCCAUGUUAUGUGGAUAAAACAGCAGGCCUGCGGGCCCUUGUUAAACAACAAGGGGUCUGAAAUUUGAAGGCCACAUUGCAGUGGACCCCUGAGGAUGAGGCAUUGUUUGUGCAACUAAUUCAGUAAUUGGCAUCAGCAGCAGCUUUGGCUACCCCAGAUUACACUAAGGUGUUUCAUUUAGAUGUAGCUAUUAGUGAGAAAACAGUGAAUGCGGCAUUGUACCAAAGACAUGGCACAAACAGGGCACUUUUAUUGUAUUGUAGUGUGCCAUUAGACGGAAUUGAACAGAAACAAGCAGACUGCGUUAGGUACGCGGCGGGCCUGGCAAAGGUCCUACAGAAAACGGCACAUGUGGUCAUGGGGUAUCCCGUCCAGGUGUAAACAGACCAUGCGGUGUCAGCUUUUGUCGCAUCGGUGGCAUUUACGUUGACACCCCUAAGACAAACACGGAUGAUGAAAGUAUUGACGGCACCAAAUGUUACGUAUGUGCAUGAUGGUGUGAACAUGGCUAAUCACCUCCUGGAAGGGGCACAUGAUUGUGCUCUGAAAGUACAGAAAGAUCAAAAGGUCCGUGAGGACUUGUAUGCGGAACCAUUGGGAGGUGGACGGGUUAUGUUCACGGAUGGGUGUUGUUGGCGUGCCAAGGAUGGGACACUCCACGUGGCAGCGGCAGUGGUGGAGUGGAAAGGUUCUUUCUUCCUCCCGGUGACAGCUCAGAAGUUGACAAUAAAACCCUCCGCCCAGGCGGCUGAGGUGUUGGCUCUGGUGUUGGCCUUGGAACAGUGUCCAGGACAGCAAUUAACUGUAUAUACUGAUUCGGCAUAUGCAGCGUCGGCUGCCCUGAUUGACCUAAAGGGGUGGCUGCACAAUGGCUGUCUAACAGUGAAAGGCAAAGAAAUUGCUCACAGAACUUUGAUGGAGCGAUUGUAUGAAGCAAUUAAGGGUCCCCACAAAUUGGCGAUUGUAAAGGUCCCGGGACACGCAAAGGCCAACACCAUGGUGGCAAAAGGUAAUGAGAGGGCGGAUGCUCUCGCGAAAGAAGUGGCUGGGUACACCUCUCAGGACGAGAUGAUGUUAGCAACCACGGCUGUGGUCUGGGAUGGGGAACCCCCGGAUCUUCCAGUGGCACCUGAGGUUACACUGGAGGACAUUUUGGACGCACAAGGUCACAGACAAGGCGGUUGCAGAUUCGUCAUCAGCAUCACCAGAGUCGGACAUCACUCCGUACGUCUACCUCCGGGUGCUUUCCCGGAAGUGGACUGAACCUCGCUGGAAAGGACCGUUUAGGGUUCUGGCUAGAACUUCACACGCCGUCCAAUUGGAAACUAAAGGACAAAACUGGUACCGUUACUCACAGUUGCGCCCGGCCCCAGACUUUGUGCCUGCCAAUGGUGAGCUAAAAGGUUGACCGCCCGGACGGGCAGGUCAAGAGAGGGAAUGUGAAGAUGGCGAGAAUUUGAUCAAAGUCGGACUCGAAAGUGUCUGAACAAAGACGACGACGAUGCAAAUGUUUAACUUUAUUGAGUAUUUUGCUUGCUGGCUUGUUUGUGUGGACUAUGUUGGCAUUUGAACAUAUGAUGCAGGAUGAUGGAAGUGAUGGCGCGAAAGGAGAACAAGUGAUGGUGUACCAUUCCUGUAAUAGAACGGUAUGGUAUGAAGCAGAGCAAGAUGGUGGUAAGACGCUGACACAGACACAACAACUACUGCCAAAUCUGAAGUGUAAACAACCGACACAGGUGAACGCUUGGGUGACAAUUUUCAACUGGACUCAACAAUGGCUUGAUUUGUUAGAUAAAUUGGACAAUUAUCAACCACGGUAUGGAAAAGAAAAAGCCUAUUUUUGACACCCAUGUUGCACAACAAAAUUUCACCUGCCUAAAGUUAAAUGGGACUGGCCCUGGGAUUGGAAGUAUCCAGGAGUCAUGGUGUCAUGAAAGUGUGUCUUUGCCAGCAGGAAUCGCUCUCGCUCGUGCUGAUGUUUGGCUGUGUUGUGGAGCGAAAGUGUUGUAUGAUAGGCUUCCCACCAAUGCCUCAGGUAAGUGCGCCCUAAUAACGCUGAUCAUGCCGAUUAGUGUGAUAGCAUUAGAUCUGACCAGAAUGGAUUGGGAAGGCGUUGGACAGUGGGGAAGAAUCCCCUUCCUUGGGAGGAAGAAAAGGGACAUGCAAGAAUGGUUGAAUGCAGGAGACCCCACGUACAUAGAUGCAAUUGGAGUUCUGAGAGGGGUCCCUGAUGAAUACAAAUUGGUGGAUCAAGUGGCAGCAGGAUGGGAGAGUAUUUUCCUGUUCGUUACAGUAAACAAAAAUGUGGACCGAAUUAAUUAUGUCCACUAUAAUGUCCAACGAUUGGCGAACUUCACCACUUCAGCACUCUAGGCAGUGCAUGAGCAAUUGGCUGCCAUGUCUCUUAUGGCAUUCCAAAACAGAAUGGGCUUAGAUAUAUGUUGUUAGCUGAAAGAGGAGGAGUGUGUGGUAUUUUUGGGGAUCAGUGCUGUACUCUGAUUCCCAACAAUACGUCUCCUGGCCUUACCAAGGCAUUGGAGGGUCUGCGCACGUUAAGUAACAAAAUGAAGGAGCACUCAGGUGUGGACACCAGUUGGUAUUCUGACUGGUUAAACGUCUUUGGUAAAUAUAAAAGCUUGAUUGCAUCAGUACUGAUUUAUAUCGCUGUGUUUUGCUGCUAUUAUGGUGUUGCUGUAUUCCAUGUAUCAGAUCAUUAACUGUUAAGACAAUUGAACGCACGUUGGGGGCACUCCCUCCGGGUGGCCAGUACAUGAUGAUCCCUCAGAAGGACCCCCAGGAGGCGGAGACAGCUGUGGCCCUCCGGGAGUCCGGGAUUUUUCACAGCCAGACCUGGAAGAAACAUCCUUGACCACGCGCCGUGACAUCGCUGGUUGUCAUUGGCUAAUCACACCCUGUGUGAAGGAGUGACCCUCUCCACAACUAGAAGGAAGUUUUGAGACAAUAGACACGGACACCAAAGGCAAGAUUCUGGCCAGGAAAGAUGAAGUCACAGCUACCAAACGCGAGGCGUCCGGCUGGACAGGUCAGGAGGACGACCCGACGCCAAGUACAAGGAUCCCCACUGGGCGAUUCGGGUGGACGGCCUUAAAGAGGAACCCAACGGUGAAGCAGGAACCAGACCAAGGCAUGCAACUGCUCCGGACAAAGACCUCCCACGCCGUGGUUGCGAGACAACCAGGGAUUGGUCACCGCCGAGGGUUGGCCAGGAGGUAGCCGUGGACUGGUCACCAACGAGGCUCGGCCACGAGGCGGCCAGGGAGUAGUCGUCGCUGCUGAGGCCAGGUCAUGAAGCGGCUGGGAACCAUCAGGAGCGAAGAGGAUGACGGAGACAAGGACCACAGCCGUGACUGCCACAAUCACCAUGACAGCCAUCCCGAAGCCUUUCCAGUUCCGGAGUGGGCCAUCAGAACUCCCCAGCUCCUCUCGCCGUCGAGACAGGGGUGUAGGACGGCUGCGGACCGGUCACCGACGAAGCAGGAGUGUGGAGCGGCUGGGGGCCGGCCGCCGUCAAAGCAGAAAUCGGGAGUGACCGUGGACCGGUCGCCGAGGAAGCAGGAGCGUGAGGCGGCUGCGGACUGGUCGCCGUCGGUACUCCUGGACACGGACGAGAGGCGGCUGCGGAGUCGUCGCCACCUCCCAGAUGGGAACGUGAGGCGGCUGGGGAACCCUCGCUGCCAUCUGCUGGACAGGCACGUGAGGCGGCUGCGGAACCCUCGCCGCCGUCUGCUGGACAGGUACGUGAGGCACCUGCGGAGCCAUCGCCACCUCCUAAAAUAAAUCCCAUGAGUGUGUGUGUGUGUGUGUGUGUGUGUGUGUGUGUGAUUGUUUGAUUGAUUACAUCUGUCUGAUUGAUGACAUCUGUUUUCAAGAUAAUGAGUUCAAAGGUACGAGCGAGGUGGUAAUGUGGAAACCAACUCCAGUAUGUACAAAAUUAGAACAUAUGAAUGUUUUUUUUUUAACACCAGCAGUGGAACUUUUUUCACCAAGCUGCUUGGCAAUUACUUCGUAGCCCUUUCCAGCUGUGUAGAAUUGUACAAUUUUGUCUCUGGUGUCUUUGGAUAGCUCUUUGGUCUUGGCCAUGUUACAAGUUUGAGUCUUACUGAUUCUAUGGGGUGGACAGGUGUCUUUAUGAAGCUAACAACCUCACACAGGUGCAUCUGAUUCAGAAUAACAGAUGGAGUGGAGGUGGACUUUUAAAGGUGGACUAACAGGUCUUUGAGGGUCAGAAUUCUAGCUGAUAGACAGGUGUUCAAAUACUUAUUUGCAGCUGUAUCACACAAAUAAAUCGUUAAAAAAAUCAUACAUUUUUAUUUCUGGAUUUUUCUUUUCAAAUUAUCUCUCUCACAGUGGACAUGGACCUAUGAUGAUAAUUUCAGACCCCGCCAUGAUUUCUAAA